AAUCCCAAUAAAAUUCUAGUUUCUCUCUCUAAAUCUACCACCUCAAUUUCUAUAUAACCCCCCUGCACCUCCCCCUUCUCCUCUCUCUCUCUCUCUCUCUCUCUCUUCAAUUACACAUCUCCUGUCUCUCUCUCUCUCUCUACAUACAUUCAUCAAUGGCACCAACCAACGGAUCACUCCCCUCCACCGGCCUCAUCGUCAGCUUCGGCGAGAUGCUGAUCGACUUCGUCCCCACCGUCUCCGGCGUCUCCCUCGCCGAGGCCCCCGGGUUCCUCAAGGCCCCGGGCGGCGCCCCGGCGAACGUGGCGAUCGCCGUUACGAGGCUGGGCGGGAGGGCGGCGUUCGUCGGGAAGCUCGGCGACGACGAGUUCGGGAGGAUGCUGGCGGGGAUCCUGGAGCAGAACGGCGUCGCCGUGGACGGCGUGCUGUUCGAUCAAGGCGCGAGGACGGCGCUAGCGUUCGUGACGCUAAAGGCUGAUGGCGAGAGGGAGUUCAUGUUUUACAGGAACCCUAGCGCUGAUAUGCUGCUGACGCCUGCUGAAUUGGAUCUCGACCUCAUUAGAUCUGCCAAAAUUUUCCAUUAUGGAUCCAUUAGCUUGAUUGUAGAGCCCUGCAGAUCGGCACACCUAAAGGCAAUGGAGGUUGCCAAGGCCGCCGGUGCCCUGCUCUCCUAUGACCCAAACCUCCGCCUGCCACUCUGGCCAUCUGCAGAGGAAGCCCGGAAGCAGAUCAUGAGUAUCUGGGACCAAGCAGAGGUGAUAAAGGUGAGCGACAACGAGCUGGAAUUCCUAACAGGAAGCGAUAAGAUCGACGAUGAGUCGGCCUUAUCUCUGUGGCACCCCAAUUUGAAGCUUCUCCUUGUUACCCUUGGGGAAAAGGGAUGUAGAUAUUACACCAAGAGUUUCAGGGGAUCUGUGGAUGGAUUCCAUGUCAAAACUGUGGAUACGACUGGUGCUGGUGACUCCUUUGUUGGUGCUCUUCUGUGCAAAAUGGUUGACGAUCGAUCUGUACUUGAGGACGAAGCAAAGUUGAAGGGAGUGCUUAAAUUCGCAAAUGCCUGUGGAGCCAUCACAACUACCAAGAAAGGAGCCAUCCCUGCUCUUCCUACUGAAUCUGAAGCCCGUAUUGUUCUUAAGGGCGAAUAGAACAGUAGAAACGUUUUUCGAAUUCAUUUUUUUUAUUUCUUGCCCUUUUGGUUUUGUUUUUCUAUGGUUCUUUAUUUUGUUUUCUUCUUUAGGAGUCGCAUGUGUUUGGAUAUCGGGUUUUUUUAAGUAAUUUGUUGCUCGAAAAAUAAAAGGGUGGAAAUAGAGUGAGUUUGAUUUCUUCUCC